AUGCCGAAUUUUUAUACUCGAAAGUCUACACGAGGAAAAUGGACUAAAGAGGACUUAGAAAAGGCGAUAGAAUAUGUGGAGACCUGUAAGUCGAUCAGAAAAGCGGCAAUUCGUUAUUCCAUUCCCCGUAAAACGCUGGAGUAUAGAAUCAAGAAAGGAAACAGUGAGGGUCCACAGCAUAUGGGGCCACCCAGUCUUUUUGGAAAGGCAAAUGAAAUAAGGUUAGUGAAGCAUAUUAAAGCUAUGCAAGCCACUGGGUUUCCAAUGGGUAGAGACGAUGUGCGCAAACUUGCCUUUAAUUUUGCUGAAAAAUUAGGACUGAAGCACAAGUUCAAUAGAGAAAAAGGAAUGGCCGGAUACCCAUGGCUUGCCAGGUUUUUGAGAGACCACCCUGAGCUCUCAAUUAGAGCAGCGGAAGGAGUAAGCUCAGCACGAGCUCGAGGAAUGAAUCAAGAAGAGGUCUCUAAGUACUUCGCCCUUCUUGAGUCAAUAUUAAAGGAGCACGCGCUUUUUGAUAAACCUUCAGCUGUGUUCAACGCCGACGAAAGUGGGCUGCAACUAAAUAAUAAGCCUGGUAAAGUUAUUGUAGAAAAAGGCUCGAAGGCUGUAUCAACAAUUACUUCUGGGGAGAAAGGGGAAACUGUGACAGUUUUGGCAUGUUGUAAUGCUGAGGGCACAUUUAUUCCGCCAUUCUGUAUCAUGAAGGGCAAAAACUUAAAAAAAGAGUGGGCAGACGGAAUGCCACCCGGUUCGUCCGUAAGGAUGUCCGAAAAAUCGGCUUAU